AUGAAUGUUGCUAAUCCCAUCAUAGGGAAUGGGAUCUCAGUCAUCAAUCAGGCCCAUGUGGAAGGGAUGCCUAACAAUCCAAAUGUUGCACACACUUACCAUGUCCCUAUCCAGGGAGGUUCCCAAGCUGGUAUAGAAGACCAUGAUGGAGACUUCUUCAUGCCUAGGAAUGAGUCAGUGUACGAACCUUUCGGGCCACCACAAAAUGAAUAUGAAAGGAAGCUCAAGAUGAUGGAUGAAAGAGUUCGAGCCAUUGAGGGCCCUAACACCUUCGGGCUGGAGGCUGCUGAUAUGUGCUUAGUCCCAGGGAUCAAGAUCCCAGCUAUGUUCAAGGUACCUGCCUUCGAGAAAUAUCAGGGAAACACUUGCCCCAAGACCCAUGUCAGGUCUUACUGCAGGAAAAUGGCUGCGUAUUCGGGCGAUGAAAAAUUGUCGAUACAUUUCUUUCAAGACAGUCUCAGCGGAGCAUCCCUCGAAUGGUACAUGCAGCUUGAACGGUCGCAUGUAGGUUCUUGGAGAGAGUUAGAUGAAGCUUUCUUGAAGCACUACCAGUAUAACAUUGACAUGGCGCCAAAUAGGAUGCAACUCCAGAGCUUGACUCAGAAAUCCGAAGAAUCCUUCAAGGAAUACGCACAGCGUUGGAGGGACCUAGCUGCUAGGGUCCAGCCACCUAUGCUUGAGAAAGAGCUGGUUGAUAUGUUCAUGGGAACACUUCAGGGCCCAUACUAUGAGAAGCUGGUAGGGAGUACGUCGGCUGGGUUCUCUGAUCUGGUCGUUGUUGGUGAAAGAAUUGAAAUUGGUGUAAAGGCUGGAAAGAUCCUGAACCCCGUUAAUGUUGCCAAUGGGGCGAAGAAACCUUACAGCGGUUUUCCCAAGAAAAAAGAGGGAGAGACCAACGCCACAUCAACAUGCAAGGGGAAGGGUAAGGCUUACCGAACCCCGUAUUAUCAGGUCGCAAAAGUGACCCCCAACCACUAUCAACCACCCACAUACGCUAUUCCUGCCGCUCCACAGCAAGUCCCUGGCCAGCCGCCUGCUCAGUACCAGCAGCCGUACGCUCCCAGGCCGAACAAUUAUCAACAAUACCCACCAGGCCAACAACGUCCCAGAAGACAAGAGAGGAGACUCGAUCCCCUUCCUAUGAGCUGCAGUCAACUACUAAACCAUCUGUUGAACUGUUCUCUUAUUAAGCUCAGGGAAGCCAAGCCCCCACCGUCACCACUCCCACCGGGCUACGAUGCAAACGCACGAUGCGAGUUCCACACUGGGGCACCCGACCAUACUCUUGAUAACUGUAAAACGUUCCGGUAUAAAGUGCAAGAUCUCCUCGACUCAAAGGCCAUAUCGUUCGCGCCAGCAAGGCCCAAUGUCAACAACAACCCGAUGCCUCCUCACUUCGGACAUCCCGUGAACAUGAUCCAAGAGUCCGCUGUGGUCGACCGUAUCUCAAAGGUCGACAUGAUAAAGACUUUGUUACUGGAAGUAAAGAAACAAUUGCUCCUAAGGAACGUGUUCCCUGGAUGCACUGAUGACUGUGCGCGUUGUGGGGAUACCCCACAAGGUUGUGAAGAGCUUAGAGAAGGUGUUCAAAUGCUGAUAGAUCAAGGUAUCUUCCUAGUAGAACAUUCCUCAGCAGCCGACGAGGUGUCUACUCUGGAGAUACCCUACUAUCCAGUACAAAUACCUGUUGAGAAUGCUCCCACGACGCCCUUGGUAAUCGUUGUACCGGCUCCGUUCUCGUACGAAAGUACCAAGGCCAUCCCCUGGAACUAUAACUCCACAAACUAUCUGCAUGGGCGAAAACUCGAAGAAAGGAUGGCCAAAGCUCGAAAGACUUUGGUAAUCCAUGUACCCUCUGAAAUUCCCGAACAUGCCGAGGUACAAAAAUCAGUGGAAGUGCAAGAGCCAGUAGUGAACAUUACAGGCACUAGCGGCAUGACCCGGAGCGGCCGCAUAUUCGCUGCACCACCCCCGCCACCAGAAAAAGAGGAUCUAGGAACUAACGCCAAGAGCAAGGGUAAGCAAUCUGCCGGCCCGGAGCAGGAGCAAACCCAAACUCAAGGCAAAGUUGCGCCAGAUGAUGUGGAAGAGUUCCUCCGCAUCAUAAAGAAAAGCGACUAUAAAGUGGUUGAUCAUCUCAACCAAACCCCGUCCAAGUUCUCUAUAUUGUCACUACUACUGUGCUCUGAGGCCCAUCGAGAUGAUCUACUCAAGUUUCUCAGCGCCGCUCAUGUGCCCCAAGAAAUCACCGUCAACCAAUUUGAAGGGGUAGUGGCUAAUAUAGCUUCGAAAGGAUGCCUAUGCUUUUGCGAUGAUGAGUUGCCUCCCGAGGGCAAAAAUUAUAACAAAGCCUUACAUAUAUCCAUAGAGUGA